GGGCUCGAUUCCUGUAAAAACGUGCAGGAGGAGUCAACCCUGAGCUCGCAGGAAGGAUCACCCAGAUGUACUGAAAUGGAUGCCGUUACCCGGGCUGAACAAAAGCCAUCGUCAUCAGUAAAUGAUGGGUCAAAUGAUUCAUCAUUGAAAUGUGUUUCCAAGUCGGCUGGAAUGCAAGAUCCUACGGUGACGUUUAGUGACACAUCUCAUGCUAAAGGGGAUAUUGGUGUUACGCUGAGCAAGCAAGAGAACCUUAAUGUUGAGCUUGCUAUUGGACCUACAAAAAAUGAAGGAAUACGUACUCAGCUGUCCGUAACAAAUUCUGCAAUUUCUGGAGAUGAUUCUUCGAAAGGCACUUUUGAACAAAGUUCUGCUAUAGCAGCUCGCUUGAAGGAAAGCAAUAUGACACUGACUCAAAGGGAUGAAGUUGCAAGUGUGGAUGUUUCUGAAGACAGGGGUGAUAGUCGGCCAAAAGUUGAAACUGGUUCUAUGCUCUUCACCAGCAGUGCCUCCCAACAGUACCACUGUAGAGAUAGCACCUUCGAAACUGCCUACGAGCUGUUCGAGCUAUUCAAAUGUUGUUUCAUCCGAGCGAGAUCUGACACUGGACUCUACUGUGAACAAAACACAGCCCUCUGAAGAAGUGGAUAGUAGUGAUUGUGGAGUCACCUCUGAAGGAGGAGUUGGUGUGGAGGAUGGAGAAGUCUCAAGUACCGUCUCUACUAAGGCCGGCACUGGCACCGAUGUGGAAGGUGGUCAUGGCGUCACUGCUGGCUCGUUAGACAGUCCAGGCUGCAUGGAACCUGGCUCCGAUCGAGAGGACUUUGAUGAAGAAAUUGAAUUGCAUCCACGAUUACACAGGGCUGACCUAGAUGAUGAUAGCGGCAUUAACAAUAGCACAUGUGGCCUGGAAGAUGAGCUGGAGGAUGGUCUUGAUGAGGAAGAUGAUGAUGGGGAUUGUCUCAAAGGAGAGAGGCAGCAGGGCGAUGGCGAGGAGAGUGUUGAUCCCUCUGAUCUCCAAGAUAAAGUUUUGGACUUUGAUGAAGACAAGCGCAACCCUCAGUACAUCCCCAAGAAAGGUGCAUUUUACCAGCAUGAUGACCGUAUGGUAGGAGAUGAAGAUUCAUCUGAGGUACCAGAAGAAAAAAAUGACGAUGACAAGGGCUCUCGCCGACCAAAGAAGCUCUGGCAUGAUGAAGGUGUUUGGAACCAUGACAUGUAUCGUGAGGAGGAGCAGGGUCCUAAAUCAAGUGAGGAGCUUGUGAGUAUAUAUGGCUACGAUAUUCGUUCAGAACUGAUGCCUCCUAGAGCUCGGAGACGGAGGCGCUAUGGCCGUGGCCCUAACAAAUACGAGCGCAGCUGGGAAGAUGAAGAAGCUUACACACCCCGGUCAGGGUCAGGACGCGGUGGAGGAGCACGUGGUGGUCGCAGAACCAGAGGUGGAAGCCUGGUUGAAAACCCCCAAUUCCACAAUGAGGACUUCCCCGACCUUCACUCGAAGCCUUCUGAAAAUACCGCCACACUGCAACAGAACAGCGCAGAAGUAAAGCCGUCAGCCAGGCCUGCAGGGUUCAAAGGCUCAGACUUGACAGGAAGCAACAGUUCUCAACAGGAGAAAUGGGACAAUACAGUGAAAGGUUCUGGAAUGACCCACCGGGGUCGGGGCAAGCGUCCUCAACAUUCCAGGGCAGUACCAGAUGCGCCAUCAAGGCAGCAGGACUGCGACGUCAAGGAGGACGCAUCCUUAGGGCAUCGUGUCGGCAGGCCUGCAUCACAGUCACCAGUGAAGGCUGUUGAAGCGCCUCAAGUUUCACCUUCUACUGGCAGAAGUCGAGCUAUUCGGCAUCUGCUGACUGAGCAGGAGCAAAGCAAAAGGGAGUAUGAGGCACUCAAGAAGUUUGCUGCUAAAGGAGAGCUUCAGGAUGGUGAUAACACAGAUUUGAAGAGGAGCACAGCAUCUACAGUGACACCUAGGGGAGGCCCUGUAGGAAGUUCUGAAUGUGCAGCCAAGCCAAGGCGGUACUCUUCACUGCGACAACGUCCCCUUGCAGAGGCUGCCCCCUACACUGAGACUGCUGUGGUGUCUCCCCAGCUGCCUAAUACGCCGGCCCCAUUGCCUAUGCCGAAUCAGCCACAGCCUGCUAUUCUGACUGCAGCACAUUUCCAAGCGCCGUAUGCACCAUAUUCUGAUGGCUACAUGCUUCCACCACCGGGCCAGGCACCUACUGUGAUGCCUACACAGAAUCAGCCACCUCCUGUUAUGGCAGCACCUUCCCCGCUUUCCAGUUCAUACUUACCGCCACCAACGGGCAUUGUCAGCUUUCCUGCCCAGUAUCCUCCACCUUACUCCUUUCCAGCACAGUACGCUGCACCUGCCUCCACUGGUGCAGCAGCCCCAACGCCCACGCAAGCCCAGAAGCCACCAUACUACCAUGGGGACAUAACCUACUACAACACUCAAAGCCAGCAGCAUAAACGACCCUCUCCUCCUAGAAGGCCUAAAGUAGCUAUCCCUAUUGUGCCUCCUCCGGAGUCUCAAGGCAUUUCUCAGGAGAGUGCUCCUGAGCCAGUUGGUGUUACAUCUCAUCGGAGCAAGUCGGAUGAGGAUCUUGAUAAUAAAUUUGUUGGCUCAGAACGAGCUUUUCGGGGUGGCCCAACACAGCAAGCAGUUGAAAAGUUGUAGCGUUUUAUUGCCAUUUUUAUCCUCAAGUGCCACUGUGCUGCAGGUCGCAAGAUAGAAUCCCGGCUGCGGCGGCUGCAUUUUCGAUGGAGGCGAAAAUGCUGUAGGCCUGUGUGCUCAGAUUUGGGUGCACAUUAAAGAACCCCAGGUGAUCGAAAUUUCCGGAGCCCUCCACUACGGCGUCACUCGUAAUCAUAUGGUGGUUUUGGGAUGUGAAACCCCACAUAUCUAUCAAGGUCUUCCUAGUUUUGGCAGGGCAGUAUUUUGUUCUCAGAGGUUAAUUCUGCAGCAUCUGUAACCCCCUUGUUGAGUGGAACGAGAAAUGCAACUGAACAUGCAAUUCAAAAUAUUCUGCACGCAAAAGGCAUGUAGAAAAACCUGGCAUGACCAAGCAACCCUUCCCACUUGUGGCCACUACAUUGCUGAACAUGCUCUGCAAAUGUCUCUUCAACAUAGCUGAAAAAUUAUACAAUAGUGUUUGGAUCCCACUUAUGAAUUCAACAACUUUGUCAUUACAUUGGCAUGAUGUAUUAUAUGUUGUGGGCAUGGUUACUUCAUUAGAAGUUAACAUGGUUGUUUAACAUAGUUGUUCUUAUGUGGCAUGUUGUUUAUAACCUCUUCUCUAAAUUGAAAAAAAAAAAAAAAAGUCGGUGUGUAUUUACAUGUGUGCAACUGUUACUGAGACGGUCUAGUGGCUGAGGUACUCGGCUGCUGAUCCGCAGGUCGCGGGUUCGAAUCCCGGCUGCAGCGGCUGCAUUUCCGAUGGAGGCGAAAAUGUUGUAGCCCCGUGUGCUCAGAUUUGGGCGCACGUUAAAGAACCCCAGGUGGUCGAAAUUUCCGGAGCCCUCCACUACGGCAUCUCUCAUAAUCAUAUGGUGGUUUUGGGACGUUAAACCCCACAUAAUGGAAUGGAACUGUUAUUGAGACAACAAAGAAUAGAAAAAUAGCAGCAAUAGCAACGACCUUGCGAAUGUUAUAAACUGUGCCACAUCACCCCUAGGUGUAAAACAUACUUACUCUACAUUCUCUUGUUAAAAAAAAAAA